AGUUCAGUUGUCAAAAAUCCAACGUUACAUUUCAAACAAUUGAAUUUAAAUUGGCGACAGAUAAAUGAUGUAAACAAAUCACACACUGACAUACAUAUUAUAUGUAAUCAUAAAUGAUAGAAGGGGAAAAGAAGAUAGCUGUAAAGAAUUAAAAGUAGUUUCAUAUUCAGUUCAAUACUCGCUCAGUUUACAUUGAAUUAUCGUUCAUAAAAUAGCUUAUUUACAGAAUGGCUAAGAAUGAAAAAAUUGGAGUAAUUGGAAGUGGGCUGAUAGGUCGCAGUUGGGCGAUGUUAUUUGCUAGUGUCGGAUAUCAAGUGACUAUUUAUGAUAUUCUUCAGGAACAAAUUAGUAAUGCACUUACCGACAUUGAACAGCAGCUGAAAAAACUUGAAUCUGAGGGAUUACUUCGUGGCAAUCUGACUGCAAAACAGCAGUUUGAGUUGAUAAAAGGUUCAUCAAGUCUGCCUGAAAUCGUUAAAGGAGCUAAGCUCAUUCAAGAAUGUAUUCCAGAGAAGUUAGAUUUAAAAAAAAAAUUGUAUGGGGAGUUGGACAAACUUGUAGAUGAUAAAACAAUUUUAUCUUCAUCUACUUCUACAUUCAAGCCAUCGUUGUUCAGCGAAAAUCUUAAACAUCGUGCUCAAGUUAUUGUAUCACAUCCUGUAAAUCCACCGUAUUAUGUGCCACUUGUUGAGAUAGUACCAAGUCCAUGGACUCGUUCUGAUAUUCCUGAAAAAACUAAAGCAAUUAUGACUGAAAUAGGUCAAUCACCAGUUGUAUUUACCAGAGAAAUUGAUGGAUUUGCGUUAAAUAGAAUACAAUAUGCUAUUCUAAAUGAAGCGUGGAGACUAGUGACCGACGGUGUUAUUAGUGUCAAGGACAUUGAUAUAGUCAUGAGCGAAGGCUUAGGAAUGCGUUAUGCAUUUCUUGGUGCAUUUGAAGCAGCUCAUCUUAAUGCGGAAGGUAUGAAAAAGUACUGUGAAACUUAUAAUAAAUCAAUUUAUGAUGUGAGUCAAACAUUCGGGCCAACACCGAAAUUUGUCGGAGCUGCUGCUGAAAAUAUUUCACAACAGAUGGAAGAGAUUUGUCCGCUUGAUAAAUUACAAGAACGCCGAGCAUGGAGAGAUUUAGCUCUCACGAAACUAUCAAUUUUAAAGAAAGAACUUGAAAAGAUUAAGUAAAUAGUCAUAUUUGAAAUAAUAUUUCUACAUUGUGUUUGUAAAAUUAAUACUUUAAAUAUGUCACUCUAAUAAAUAAAUAUGUGUCACUUGGGAAACUAUUCAUGGGAAUAAAUUAAAAUAUUUGGGUUAAA